CACUCAACUUCGCAACCUCUUUGGAAGCAGAGAAACAUAUGUUGGGCGCCGCCAAAAACUCACCGGUCCUCCACAGACCGCAACCACUCCGCCGCCUCCUCCGCCACUUCACCACCGCCCUCAAUGCCGCCCCUCCAAACGGCGUCGUCCCGACAAAAGAUAACUACUUCUCAGCCAUCCAUCACAUCUCCAACAUCGUCCGUCGCGACCACUACCUGGAGCGGACACUCAACAAGCUCCGAAUCGCCGUCGACUCGGACCUCGUCUACCGCGUCCUCCGCGCCUGCUCCGCCCACGGCACCGAGUCGCUCCGAUUCUUCAACUGGGCCCGGACCCACCACCCCACCUACCACCCCACGACCCUAGAGCUCGAAGAACUCGCCAAGAUCCUCGCUCGCGCCAAAAAGUACGAAUCGAUGUGGAAGCUUAUCGAAUCGAUGCAGACCCACCACGGAUUAACCAUCUCGGAAGAAACCCUCUGCUUCGUAAUCGAAGAGUACGGCCGCCACGGCCUGGUGGAUCAGGCGGUGGAGCUUUUCAAUCGGGCGCCGAAGACCUUCCGGUGCUCCCAAACCGCCGGAGUUUACAACGCUCUGCUGUUCGCGCUCUGCGAAGGGAAGCUCUUUCAUGGGGCUUAUGCUCUGGUGAGGAGGAUGAUCCGAAAAGGGGUUGUUCCGGAUAAGAAGACGUAUUCCAUUUUGGUGAAUGCUUGGUGCUCCAAUGGGAAAAUGCGGGAGGCCCAAUUGUUCUUGGAGGAGAUGAGCAGCAAAGGGUUCAAUCCGCCGGUUCGCGGCCGCGAUCUUCUCGUCGAAGGGCUGCUCAAUGCUGGCUACGUCGAGGCUGCAAAAGGGAUGGUAAGGAAGAUGGUGAAGGAAGGAUUUGUGCCUGAUGUUUCUACUUUCAAUGCAUUGAUGGAGGCUAUCUGUAAAUGUGGGGAGGUUGAUUUUUGCAUUGAUUUGUAUUGGGAAGCAAAUGGUUUGGGGCUCUGUCCUGAUAUCAACACUUACAAGGUGUUGAUUCCGGCGGUCUCGAAGGUGGGGAGGAUCGAUGAUGCUUUUCGGCUUCUGCAUAACUCGAUCGAAGAGGGGCAUAAGCCGUUUCCGAGCUUGUAUGCUUCUAUAAUUAAGGGAAUGUGCAGGAGGGGGCAGUUUGAUGAUGCAUUUUGUUUCUUUAGUGAGAUGAAGGUUAAGGGGCAUCCUCCCAACAGGCCGGUGUAUACCAUGUUGAUAACCAUGGCUGGACGCGGAGGGCGGUUUGUUGACGCUGCGAAUUACUUGGUGGAAAUGACUGAGAUGGGGUUGAUGCCGAUUUCGCGGUGCUUUGAUUUCGUUACUGAUGGAUUGAAGAACUGUGGGAAGCAUGAUAUGGCUAAGAGGAUUGAACAAUUGGAAGUUUCUCUCCGCGGCGCGUGAUGCGUCGAUGGAGCGUUGAAGAUGACGGAUUUUGGCAGUUUUGAGGAUCUAGUGGCUAUGUGCAUUGUGCGUUGCCGGUUGUGCUCAAGGAGAAGGAUGAGGCCCCCUGCUUCCCGGGGUACGAUGAACAGAGUGCAUGGAAGAAACAAUGGCCUUUCUGGUACUGGUGUACACAAUGAACAGAGCGCGUAGCACGCCAACAGUUUACAGAAAAAUUGACUCGCGGAGGUUGAACAUUGCUACAAUUUGUAAACAAAGUAUGAGAUUGUGAUGUGAUCCAUAAGUUGUGUGUAAUUUAGACGACAAAUUAUUA